UCGAUUUUAAUGAAAACACGGAUGGCUGUCGAGGUCAACUGUGUGUGUUGUGGUUGUGAUGUGCGUGGUUUCAACUCUCGUCGUUAAGCUGGUCCUUUUAAACUAAAAUGAAAAGUAUUUAGGUUUUACGUAGCAAUUUUAAUUAUGCAUUCAAUAGUAUACACGGGUAGACUUCUGUCUCGUGCGAUAUGGAAUGGAAUAACAAAUUAUACCACAAGUUCAACAGAGGCCCAAGUGUGCAGAAAAAGGGAACCACAUUUAGUUCAUGCCGUUUGUGGAUUUCCAAAAGACUUUACUCACACUAUUCUAAAGAAGGGCCAGUUCGGUGACGAUGCGUGGUUCCACGCCCUCAACAAGGCCUCAGAUGUCAUUGGUGUUGCUGAUGGCGUUGGGGGAUGGAGAAAUUAUGGCAUAGACCCAGGAGAAUUUUCCUCAUUUCUAAUGAAAACAUGUGAACGCCUGGUGUGUAGUGGGAGAUUGAAAAAUAUGCUCCCAGCAACACUGCUUGCCAGAAGUUAUUAUGAACUUCUUGAGAGCAAGCGACCCAUUUUAGGAAGCAGUACAGCAUGUGUUAUAGUUCUUAAUAGAGAGAACUGUCAAGUAUAUACUGCAAAUAUAGGAGACAGUGGAUUUGUUAUUGUUCGCCAUGGAGAGGUUGUGCACCGAUCUGAAGAGCAACAACACUAUUUUAACACACCUUUCCAGUUAUCAUUACCUCCCCCUGGUCGUAGUGGCUUGGUUUUAAGUGACAGCCCUGAUGCUGCUGACACUUCAAGCUUUCCAGUAGAGGAUGGUGAUGUUAUUCUUCUAGCAACUGAUGGUGUGUUUGAUAAUGUUCCACAACAAUUACUUGUAACAGAAAUGACCAAACUGCAAGGGGAGAGAGACCCUUGCAAAAUUCAAGGUGUUGCAAAUGCGAUUGCAUGGAUGGCACGCAACCUUGCUUUUGAUAGUACUUUCAUGUCACCAUUUGCUGAAAGUGCACGCCAUAAUGGUAUUGAAGCAGUAGGUGGUAAACCAGAUGAUAUAACAGUACUACUGGCUACUGUAGCUAUAUGAAAUAGCUCCAUUUGCCUAGUUUGUUGUCAUUCAUAUUUGUAUCAUACAGUAGUCCCCUUUCAAUAGGGAUAGUCUCAUUUACAUGUUUACAUCAAGAGGUUGUGUGUUGGGACCAAGAAAGGGAAUUGUAAAAGUGUUCUACAACCAGUAGAGACACCCUUACUUGGUCCAAUGUUACCAGAGGAUUAAAUCAGUGCCAGGAUGCAGUCAGUGAAAAUAAUGUUAUUUACUGUAUUUACUGUACUUUUAAUCAUUAUUCAAAUGUGAUUUUUGCACAAAUGUUUUGAAUCUUUUACCUAACGUGCUAUGAAGACUGGUUUGUUAUCCUCUUUGAUUGUGAUGUGCACUGUUGAUAGUUGCUAUAAGAUUGCAUUGUUUUCGUAUGGCAAGCGUCUGCAUUUGCCAUCAUAAACAAUUAAGUCAUGAUAAUGUUAUGACUUUUGUCUACUUUGUUGAGUCGAAUGUCUAAUUCGCUGCCCUUGUUAUCAGGAGGAUCAACUUUUGCCUCCCUUGUCAUGUUGUUAGAGUUUUAAUACCAUAGAUUGUAAUUGUUGUCAUUCAGUAAACAAACAUUUCUCGGAGUGAGUCUCCAAUGUAAAUAUUGUCCAUUUUCAUCUGAAGAAUUAGAUAGCAAGGAUUACAUAAACCUUGGUAAGAAUCAGUUUCACUUUGCAUUUACUCAAAAUUGUUCAUUUGUGUAAUUUAAGAAUUUUUUUUAAUUUUAAUUUGUUAAGUCAUCAAGAUGGUAUUCAUUUUGUUUGUGAUUCAAGCUCAAAUGGAAACUAUUGUGAGUUUAUUGUGUAGGAGCAAGAUUGAGGUUGCUUUCUUAGUUGUGUUUGUGUUUUAUGUUAAGUGAAAGUUAGUGCUGUUGUGAUAGUAUAAUGCUCACAAGUUCUGGUGCUUACAAAUAACAUCAGUUAUUGCUCCUAGAUUUCUGUGUGAGUGUAGACGGGCCUAGAACAAGAAGAACUGUUUUUAAAUAUCCGGUGAGAAUAAUUGUCAGUGUAAGAUUCAGAUGAAUUUUUGCUGAAUGGAAACCAUCAUUACCAAAUGUCUUUCAGUUAAUUUUUUUUCUUUCUUUUUAAACUUUGAGGACUUGUUCGUGAAAUCAGAUGCCUGUAGUUGUAGAAUAAUUAUAGAGCUCAAUAAUGCUACAGUAGGAAUUUUAAGUUUUGAGUGACUGUGACUGAGGAAACAAUGCUCAUCUGUGUUUUAGGGGCCCAGGUCUAUAAUAUCAAUUGGCAUAUAUGCUGUGCCCCAAGUCAUGACAUUACACAUUUUUAGUCUAUACAGUUUGAUUCUAGUAUGGAAAUAAAGAAAUCACUUGCUUUUGUAAUAUCUCUGAUACUCGUUUACUUACUAGUCAGUUUUGUGGCUUGUGAUUAAAUUUCUAUCUGAUUUCAGUGUGAUAGGUGCUAAUGAUUGGUUGUUAUUCAAUUCAAGAAUUGAUGUGGAGGAAUAAUAAGCAUGUCAAAGUGCAGGAUAAUAAAAAAUGCUUGGGUCCUCUCCUA